AUCAUUUCUAAGUUUCAGCACAAACAGAAACGCGUCACAUUCCUGAGUUUCAAUCAACCUGGUUUCGAAAUCGGUUUCCAUUUCUAGGACAGAUUUCCGGCGUCAUCGCCUUCCUCUUUUAUACAAGGUGGGUUUUCUUCUUCUUUCCUUUUUUCUUCAAUGUCGUUUUUAUGUGAUCUAUGGAUCUCUUCCUUCCCAUAACAUCCAUCCCCUUCAUGAUUCCUGCCUCAAAGCGUUUAGGCGAAUAUCUGAAACCUUUUGAUGUUGAGCAAAAGUAAAGCCUAUGGUAAGAAGAAUUACCAUGUCUUAAAGCCUUCCCUAGUAACACAAACCUGUCUCAAUUUCAUUAGAUUAGUUUUAUCAAGUCUGUUGAAUAUAACCAAGCACAUACUGAAGAAGCUGUGGGCGUUGUCUGGUGCUGGUUACAAUUUAGGUGUGCUUCCCAAUCAAUCAGAGUUGGAGAUUCUUGAGAUGGGACAGAGUUGCCGCUACUGAGUUGAAUUAUCCUAAUUUAAAAUCUUGCUAGGUGGGAAGGUUUUAAGUAAGAUUUAAGUCACUUUUUUGCUACUUGAGAUUUGAUACAUAUUCUUGUCAUGGGAUGAGAAUGAUUUUCCUGUCCUUUUGUAUUUCUUGUGGUUUUGAUUGACAUUUGUGGAAUCAUCAUCAGUGUUGUGAGUGGGUAUACAUAUUUUCUUCCUUUCAUUUUUCUGAUUUGGUAGAAGCAAUAGAAGGAUUAUGUCUAU